UUAAUUAAUUAUAAUCCAGAAUUUAAACAUAUUUUCAGAGGGUCGUACGACUGUAAAAUAAGUAAUUUGAAAAAUGGUGCAUUUGCAAGACUUUCAAAGCUUCAGACAUUAUCAUUGAUUGGAAAUACAAUUGAAAACAUCGAGACUGGGGUUUUUAAUAACUUAACGAGUUUGGAGAAUUUAUUCUUGAGUUCCAACCAAAUUCAUAAGCUCGAUUUUGUACAAUUUAAGGGAUUAACAAGCCUGAAUAUACUAACGUUGGACAACAAUGAAAUAAGUAAUUUGAGAAAUGGUGCAUUUGCAAACCUUUCGAAGCUUCAGUCAUUAUCAUUGAUUGGAAAUACAAUUGAAAACAUCGAGACUGAGGUUUUUAAUAACUUAACGAGUUUGUUGUCCUUAUCCUUGAAACAGAACAAAAUCCAUAAGCUCGAUUUGGAAAUGUUUAAGGGACUUAUAAAACUGGAUACACUGGAUUUGAACCAGAAUCUGAUAAGAAACAUUGCACCUGGAACAUUCGAUUCAUUAACGUCGUUGAGUGUUUUAACGUUGAGCGGAAAUAAAAUAAGUAAUUUGAGAAAUGGUGCAUUUGCAAACCUUUCGAAUCUUCAGACAUUAGUUUUGAGUGGAAAUGAGAUGGAAAACAUCGAGUCUGGGGUUUUUAAUAACUUAACGAGUUUGAAAUACUUAUUCUUGGGCUACAACAAAAUUCAUAAGCUCGAUUUGGUAAUGUUUAAGGGACUAACAAGACUGAAUUUACUGGAUUUAUGCUACAAUAUGAUAAGAAAUAUUCCACCUGGGAUAUUCGAUCCAUUAACGUCGUUGAGUCUUUUAAAACUUCAACAUAACCCGUUGACGUGCGAUUGCAAUAUUCUGUUGUUUGUAAACGCGCUGAAGAAAAAUUUCCCCCAACUAGAUGUUUUCGGGGAGUACAAUCCGUCGUGCCAUUUUCCAGUAGAAAUGCGCGAAAAAUCGUUGAAAGAAUUAACCGAAAACGAUUUUCAUUGUACGCCUCCGGAUGUAACCGUGGUACCAGAGAACAAGACGGUGUCGGUAGGUGAAGAGUUACAACUCUCGUGCAAAGCCGUAGGAGACCCGGAACCUUUGAUAACGUGGGCCAAAGACGACAUUUAUCUAGAACUUGGCCAAAGAGUUCAGGUAUUUCAAAAUAAUACAUUGAUUAUAUCUAAAGUGGAAAGAACGGAUGGCGGUCAAUAUAAGUGCGUGGCGUCCAAUUAUCUUGGACGAAAAUCUUUUGAGGCGAUGGUUAACGUAAACGUGAAAUACGAUAGUUUUAAAGACACUGUACAACAUCACUCCUUUCAAACCUGGCAAAACUGCGACUAUUGCUGCAUUAAGUUACCUUAAAUCUAUCAUACUUUAUUAAAUGUAAUUCUUUAAAUUGUAAUUAUUACUAGUUUUAGUGUAUUAGUGUGUACUGUGUUAUUACUGUUAUUUUGUUUCGAUAAUUUAUAUACUUGUUGAGAAAUUAUAUACUACACUAUUGUGUAAUAUAUGAAGCUAAAUACAAUCAUUCAAUGUAUUAUA